GUUAUUUAUGGUACAGAACGUGUUCAACUGUUGGCUAUGCUGUAGCGAUUAAUUUCCCGGGUGUGAUCAGAAGCCCGUGAUGGACCAUUUUGUGGCUAUUAAAAUGUGCUGAUAAAACACGUUAAGUGAUGCAAGCGGUAUGGCAAGUUCGCGUUUUAGCAAAGUUGAUGAAUAUGGCUUUGAGCGACCGGAUGAUUUCGACUAUGAAACUUAUGAGGACUUCAUGUCACAAUAUUUGACAGUGCUUGCAAAAAGGGCCAAGAAGUGGGCUGAGCUGAUUGGGGAAGGGAAAUCUUUGAAGAGGAGUUUGAAAGUAAAGACAUACGUUAGGAAAGGUAUCCCAGGAGAACAUAGAGGUUUUGUAUGGCUGACAGUGAGUGGUGCAGAAGCUCUGAGAGAGGAAUGGGGUUCAGAUUUUUAUCAGAAGUUACUGUCUGGACCAAUGAAUCAAGAUAUAGUGGACAUUGUGAAAACAGACCUUCCUCGGACAUUCCCUGAUAAUAUUUUCUUCAGUGCAGGAGCAAGUCAUCAGCAGCAGCUGUAUAACAUACUAGUUGCUUAUGCUCAUGACAACCAUCAAGUUGGAUAUUGCCAGGGUCUUAACUACAUUGCCGGUCUCCUGCUUCUUGUUACAAAGAGUGAAGAUAUGACUUUCUGGCUGUUGAAAGUUCUUGUGGAACACAUCUUGCCAAACUAUUACACCCGCACUAUGGAUGGUGUGAUCACAGAUAUUGAAGUUCUGGAGGAGUUAGUCAGACUAAAGGUUCCUGAAGUGCAUCAACAUGUUUCAUCCAUUGGCUUGCCAUGGGCUGUAGUAACUACAAAGUGGUUCAUCUGUCUCUUUGCAGAGGUUCUGCCAGUUGAGGUGUGUGUGUUGAGAAUGACCGCACUUGGUGAUUUGAUUGAAACUUGGACUGUGUUGAGGAUAUGGGAUUGUUUGUUCUAUGAAGGCUCCAAGAUCAUUUUCCGCGUGUGUCUGACACUGAUAAAAAGGAAUAAAGUUUCCCUUCUCCAAUGUAAUGACUUCUCAUCACUUGCUGAAUGUUUCAAGGAAAUUACUAGAGACUCUCUAGUCAUACAGUGCCAUGAUUUUAUGCAGAGCAUAUUCAAGGCACCUGGGUCAUUAUCACAAAGUACGAUAUUGAAAUUGAGAAGAAGGCUGGCACAACAGAGGAAGAAUCAUACAGUGCAGUGACCAGUAAAUUAUGGUUAUUUACUUAAAAAAGUGAAGCUGUAAUUGUUUAUUGGACAUGGUUCUAGUCAGGAGGAAUGGUGUCCUUAUGAGAGGUAAACUAUGCAUAUUGUAUUUGUACUGGUAUUUUCUGUACAAUAUUUGGUAUGUGUUUUGACGUAUGGAGAACAAAUAAUUGAAACGAUUUUGAUUGAAUGGUUAACGUGUCCAGCCGAGACAUUCAUCUGAUAGUGUGUAUAAACAUUUGUUGCUAGGACAUUCUGCAUCUGUCUUAACAGAUUGAAAUGAUCAACUACCAAAAUGUUUAUCUUGUUAAGAAAUGCGAUGCACGCUGGCAUCUGAAACUUCAAGAAGGAAAGUUAAGUUUUGUGGGUAGUUGGGUUUUUCAGAUUUUGUUGUCAAAUAUCCUCCACAUAGAACAGAAUGCAAUGUUUGCAGAUAAUUUCAUGCCACUUCAUAUUUUAAGGUCUUGCUCUUGUAUUACAAAAUAUCCUUGUAGUGCCAUGUCUGUCUCGUAGCCUCAAACAUUCAGAACUGCGGACAUUAGAUAUUUACUCGUUUUGCUUUUGGUGGUCUGUCAAGUACCAGACACUGAAUGGCAGGUCACAGUAUUGUCUGGAAACUGUUUAGUUCCUUUUAUAUCACUGCUGUGAAAAAAUCAAAUCGUACUUCCUCUGUCAUUUUUGUGUUGUUCAUCAUUUGUUUAUUUGCCAUGAUAACACUGCCAUGCCGUUGCUGUUUGAUGUGGUCUACUCAAGAAUAUACAGGAGACCUAUGUGUUUGAUGUGUAGCUUGUUCAUUGUGACAUUACAUGGCUUUACUGACCUUGGCAUUGAUCGAAUGCCAGUAGACAUCCCCCCUAGUUGAGACCUGAAAUAUGGGUCUUCCAAUUUUUAAUUAUGUGGGAGACGUACAUAGCCGAACUAAUUUAGAACACAAACAUAAUUUGUUACAAUGUUAACAUGUUCUGGUAGGUGUUAGGCAACACACAAUACUGCCUCUGUCAUUUAAUCCUAUUUUGGCUUUGGAGAAUGAUUGUAUGACCCAUACCUGUGGAGUGUAUGUUUUUGUUAUAAUCUGCUUUGUGAAAUGGAAUAAAUGUCGUAUUCUGGUGCAGUAAGUUUAACCGUUUAAAGCCCAUUAGUAACUGUAUGUCCUUCCUGAAAUUUUCUCUUUAUGGACUUCUUAUGGCUUCUGUGUAUAAGCAGCAAUUAUUUCCUUAAACACCAUUAACCAGUUGAUCUUUAUAGGGGUAAAGUGUUGUAUUUUGUUUGCAGUACAGACUGAAUUCUUAAAUAUCAUUUAGGUGAGCUUUGGCUUCAAAGGGUUCAAGGUUCUUAGUGAUGGUGCAACAUGCUUUAUAUACAUAAUUACUCCAUUGGCCUUUAACCAUCAUGUUCUUCACAUUUCAGAAGUGGUUAUACUUCCAUAAUCAGGAGACAUGUGGAAGAUUUAAAGUCAGUACUGUGAAAUUUCAUUGGAAAUUUUCUCAUUAGGACUUUUCAGCACACGUACUUGCAUUUUGUGGUUCACAAAAAUGCAGCACAUUUUCACAGUUCCUCUGUUUUCCUCUUGAUUGCUGUAAUGACGUUCUGCUGUAGGUUGUGCCUGUAUACCUGUUGGCUAGUUUCUUCACACUGACAUGAGCUGAACAAAGCCUCAUGUAACAGCUGUUGUUAUAGAAAGAACUAUGUUGCAUUCUUAUUUAGCAUCACAAAAUUUGACAAAAUUACCACUGCUAUGGGGCAGCAUUCUGCCAACAUUUACAUUUGAAUACAUGUUACAUAUACUGGGUUAUGAUAUUUGAGGUUUCAUAGCAGUGACAUGUGGAGUUGACUUCCGAGUUGUGGCACCAUGUAAUAAUGUUGGUGGUUUCCAGGGUUUUGGAGGAAUAUCACAGAACAUGUGAUCAGUAGUAGCAUAAGUGUGGCUUGUCCGAGUCUGUUAACCAUGUACCAAAGUCCGAAGUGACUAUCACCUUCUCAAGAAGGCCUCUGCUCCAUGUAGUUCCACUUUAUUUCUUUAGUUGUUGGGCCUUCUGCAAAACUAACUGUGCUGACAUCUGGCUGAUGGUCUCUUUACUACUUUUGGUGGAAUGGCUGUCAGUGUUACAAGUCCACAACAGGAGCAGUUAUCCAUUUCAGAACCUGUUACCCCUCUGUCUCAAGAAUUUUAAGUGAUAAUGUUGUGCAGCUAUGAAUUCUGUUUACAGAAGAAUUUCAUUUUAUAAUUUUAAUGUGUAGAGCAGUAUUAUGUGACUUUUGUCUGUAUGUAGUAUUAAUGAAGUGUAAUGUUUUGAGAUUUA